AUGCCUUUGGAUUUUGAUAUGGACCGUGCAGAAGAGUACAAACAAAAAACGUGGAAGCUGAAAUUCAACGUUGAGAAAGAAAAGCAGAAUGCUGGUGAAGCAGCUGCAGGCAAUGCUGAUGUUAUUCUCUCUGAAUUCCAGGUUUCAUUUCAUUGUAAUUUGAAUCUCAUUUUGGUCUCAGUCAGACUUGUUUCAUCUCAGACAGAUUUAGUGCAGGUAUUACGUUCCCUUCCUUCUAAAUUUGAACAUGUAGUAGCUGCUAUUGAAGAAUCCAAAGAUUUAUCUGAUUAUUCUUUAAAUGAGCUAAUUGGGUCUCUUCAAGCACAUGAGGAAAGGUUGAACAGGUUACUGAAAAUGGAAUCAUAUGAAGAGAAACUCUUAUGGCUAAAGAAAAGGGUAUUACGUUCCCUUCCUUCUAAAUUUGAACAUGUAGUAGCUGCUAUUGAAGAAUCCAAAGAUUUAUCUGAUUAUUCUUUAAAUGAGCUAAUUGGGUCUCUUCAAGCACAUGAGGAAAGGUUGAACAGAACAGCAAAAGAAGCAUGGACUGUGUUGCAAGGAAAGUAUGAAGGUACUAAUAAGGUAUUACGUUCCCUUCCUUCUAAAUUUGAACAUGUAGUAGCUGCUAUUGAAGAAUCCAAAGAUUUAUCUGAUUAUUCUUUAAAUGAGCUAAUUGGGUCUCUUCAAGCACAUGAGGAAAGGUUGAACAGGUUACUGAAAAUGGAAUCAUAUGAAGAGAAAACUCUUAUGGCUAAAGAAAAGGUAGCUGCUAUUGAAGAAUCCAAAGAUUUAUCUGAUUAUUCUUUAAAUGAGCUAAUUGGGUCUCUUCAAGCACAUGAGGAAAGGUUGAACAGGUUACUGAAAAUGGAAUCAUAUGAAGAGAAAACUCUUAUGGCUAAAGAAAAGGUAGCUGCUAUUGAAGAAUCCAAAGAUUUAUCUGAUUAUUCUUUAAAUGAGCUAAUUGGGUCUCUUCAAGCACAUGAGGAAAGGUUGAACAGGUUACUGAAAAUGGAAUCAUAUGAAGAGAAAACUCUUAUGGCUAAAGAAAAGGGUGCUAUUGAAGAAUCCAAAGAUUUAUCUGAUUAUUCUUUAAAUGAGCUAAUUGGGUCUCUUCAAGCACAUGAGGAAAGGUUGAACAGGUUACUGAAAAUGGAAUCAUAUGAAGAGAAAACUCUUAUGGCUAAAGAAAAGGGUAAGAAUUCUUCUUCUCAGUCAUGUUCAAUAUGCAAAAGGACAAACCACACUACUGAUGUUUGUUACUUCAAAGACAAAAAGCCACUGCAAUUCUACCACUGUAAAAAGUUUGGGCAUAUUGAAAAAUAA